CAGUGUAAAGAAAGCCUUGUGCAACCUCUGGCAGGAAUCGGGGCUGGCGUGACCUCCGCGGUGGCUGCUGCUAACGGGACGCCUGCUCUCCGGGACGCGAGGCUAAGAGACGUCUCUAUGGUCAAGUACACGUAGAGCGGUGCCACGCUUUCCCACGCGGUGGGACUGCGCAUGCGCUGGGGCUGCAGCUUUGGCAAGAUGGCGGAGGAAGAGCAAAGAAAGAAGAUCCCUUUGGUUCCAGAAAACCUCCUGAAAAAGAGGAAGGCGUACCAGGCCCUCAAAGCCACCCAGGCAAAGCGGGCACUUUUGGAAAAGAAGGAGCAGAGGAAAGGAAAAGAUAUCAGGUUUAAGCGACUGGAAUGGUUCCUGCACGAUGCCUGGCGGCAGCGACGUGACAAGGUGCGCCUCAGACGACUGGAAGUGAAGCCGCACGGUUUGGAGGUGCCAGAUGAACAUUCCUUGGCCUUCGUUGUGCGCAUCCAAAGGAUCAGGGGGGUGAGCAUACUGGUACAGAAAACCAUUGCAAGGCUUCGCCUGAAGAAGAUUUUCAGUGGUGUCUUUGUCAGAGUGACCCCCCAGACCAUAAAAACGCUGCGUAUAGUGGAACCGUAUGUGACCUGGGGAUUUCCCAAUCUGAAGUCUGUCCGGGAGCUCAUCUUGAAACGUGGACAAGCCAAGGUCAAGAAUAAAGUCAUCCCUUUGACAGACAACACAGUGAUUGAGGAGCAUCUGGAAUAUCUGAAAGCACACUGCAUUGGAAGCAUGUGUUUCUGUUUUUUGGAAUUAUCCAGUAUCUUCAAAGAAGAUUAUUUUCUGCUAUAUCUUCAGAAACUGCAGGGGAAGGGUCAGGGAAAAGAUGGUGGUGAUGUCCCACUUCCAAAGGAAAAGUCCAGUGUGUUUCCCACGUUGGCCACUGCUGCCACCUCUGAAAUCAGCCAAGGACUCAUGCCAUGGAGGAGAGGGUCCUGCGUCACAGAUAGGAGAUGUCCUUCGUCACGUCUUCUGGACCCAAGCGUGAACUCAAGACGGCAGUGGGCCCAGCCCAGAGGCAUACCGGAACUUGGGGUUCCCAAUGCCUCAUUUUGGAAAGAACUUGAAAUACAUUUAGAAGAGCACGAAAAUGGGGCUCAAUUGUCUCUGUUGUGUGUCCGUGUUCCAGCUUUUCGGUGACAGCUUUGAAAGCUCUCAGGCUUGACUGGCUCUAAAUUUACCUGGUGGCUUCCUUUUCCUAGCUCAGGAUUUUAACCUAUUCUUGGAUUUGUGAGAAGGGAAGGACCAUUUCCCCAGAAAGACAUGCAUCCACUCCAAUUUUUGCUCAAGGGCUUAGGGUGUUCAUAGACUCUUAUCAGGGACCCGUGCACCUUACACAAGAAAGUCCUGCACUAUCAGGAGUGGUUACCCAGGCCUGGCCUUGCUAAUCUGGUUCCCUGUCCUGUGGAAAACCAAAGCU